UUGCUGAUAAGUGUUGCGUUUUAUUUCUCUAACUCUCUACACUCAGACAAGCGGAGCCUCGCGUGUUUCUCUGCGAGAGCUGACAUCGGUCGCUUUAAACUUCACUUGGUUAAGAGUGGAACAUGGAUUUCCUGUGCCUGUUGUUGUGCGCGCUGCUGUGCGCCUGGUGCGUCUCCUCCGAGCGCCACAGCGUUUACUGGAACAGCACGAACCCCAACUUCAUAGGUGACGAGUACACAGUACACGUGCACAUCAACGACUACCUGGACAUCAUCUGCCCGCACUACAAGCGUGGCGAGAUCCCUUCCCAGCAGGCCGAGCGGUACGUCCUCUAUAUGGUGGACCAGGAGGACUACGAUGUGUGCAAGCCGCACUCGUUCGAUCAGCUGCGCUGGGAGUGCUCCAGACCCUUCGCCGCCCACGCGCCCGAGAAGUUCUCUGAAAAGUUCCAACGCUUCACGCCUUUCACGCUGGGCAAGGAGUUCCGCCAAGGAGAGAGCUACUACUACAUCUCCAAGCCUCUCCACCAGCACGGGAGUGACUGCCUGCGGUUAAAGGUCACCGUAGUCGGACCUCAUGGUUCCAAAAACCACAAGAAAACGACAGAGAAAGAGGAGGAGCCGGAGGGAGGAAGGCAAGGACGUACAGGCACGGGCGGAGCGCACAACCCAUCCAACAGGCUUCCGGCAGGUGAGAAACAUGAUCCUGUUGCUAUGAUUCCAGUUGUUCAGAGGAGCGUAGGCAGCUCCGCCGUUCACAUCGCGCCAGUCUCCUUUAUCAUCACACUUGUUCCCGUCUUCCUCCUGCUCUUACACUGAGGUCCGUUUGGAUCUGCUGAUGAAAAGACUUUUUUUUUUUUUUUUUUUUUUUUAACCAGUGCUGGUAACUGGAUCUAAAACAUGGAUUUUAUACACAGACUUUUUUAAUAUGGUAAAUGAUGUGAAGCGUGGGUGCUGGUGUGUAAGUUGUUGAGUGAUGUACCGUUGUUUGUGCGAGUGACCGUGAUAUUUGGAUUUUUUAUUAUUUGCUCUACAUACUCUUUGUUUUUAAAGAGGAUGAUUAUUACCUAACAGCUUUCCCUGCCUUUUUUUAUGUGUAGUCUGAAAAAACAGCACAGAUUGAAGAUCUUCUUUAAGCAGCAAUUGUAAGGUCUGCCUAAAACCCAGUGUGUUACUGCAUCUUUCUUUUUAAUAAGUGUCUUAUAUAUAGUAUAUAUAUUAAAAAAACAGUUCUCAAACUCUGUGAGCCAAACGAUAUGCCGGUAUUCGUAAACAUGUCCUGCUGUUGGACCCACGAGGACAAAGAUUCGUGCAUGUUCUUCAUGUAUGUGCAACCUGAAAUGUAGCCAAUUGCCAGUGUUUUGUCAAGUAUUUUUUUUAUAAUAUUUUUUGCCUCAAUGCCUACAGGGUGGUUUAUGAAAUGAAGCACUACAUAUAAUUUGACAGACACUAAAUCUGCUAGACAGGCAAACUUACAUAAGUGUGUGUGUGUGUGUGUGUGUGUG